ACAUUUCUUCUCUGAUCGCAUCCUGGUGCACAAGGAGGUAGACACAGCCUUGUUUUUCUCCACGGGUGGAACGUGGAAGAGGAUAAGAUCCGUCAUGUCUCCGAUGCUCAGCGGCAGCAAGCUGAGACUCAUGAGCGCGUGCAUCGACCGCUGCUCCUCCCGACUGGCCGAGCAUCUGGUCAAAGCCACGGCCGGCGGUCAGCCCGUGGACAUCAAGCGCCUCACUCAAGCCUUCGGCCUAGACACCAUCGCCGGGACAGGCUUCAGCAUCGACACGGAUGCACUCGUUGACCUCGACACUCCGCUGGUGCGCCACGCCAGGUCGCUCUUCAGAACAGGACCCUACAUCGCAUACUUUUACUUCAUGGCGGCGCUGUUCCCUGCGUUGACGCGACCCAUUUUCAAAAUGUUCAACAUCGGGUUCUUCAAACAGGAAGAUUUAUUAUUUUUCGAAACCGCGGUGGGGCAGAUGAUUAAAGACCGUCACAGCGCGAAGGAGAGGAAUACGGAUUUUCUGCAGCUUUUGGUAGAUGCGGAAGUUGAUGAGGAGGAACUCUUGCACGGCGAAGGGAAAAAACUGAGCACAGAAGAGAUUGUUGCUCAGUGUUUGAUUGUUUAUAUCGCUGGCUUCGAGACGACCAGCAGCUCGCUUCAGUUUGUGCUGUAUCUUCUGGCGAAAAAUCAGGACGUUCAAACCAAGUUGUUGGAAGAAGUCGAUCAGUUGGUUAACGAUCUCGACGGAACAUCAUUGAGCUAUGAGCAUUGCAACCAACUUACCUACAUGAAUAUGGUGAUCAAAGAAGCUCUUCGACUCUACCCACCGUCCUCACUGAUCUUCAGGCUCGCUGAAAAAGACACAACCGUCAAAGGAAUACCAGUGCCCGCCAAAGCUGGGAUAUGGAUUCCUGUCCACGUCAUCAGCAGAGACCCAGAAUUUUUUGAAGAGCCGGACAAAUUUGACCCGUCGCGUUUUGAAGAAAAUUCGGACUUGACUCUGAAGCAUAAUGUGGGAACUCGUAUGCUCACCUGGCUCCCUUUUGGCGCGGGACCACGUCAUUGUGUGGGGAUGAGGCUGGCCGUUCUAGAGCUCAAGAUGGCCUUGGUGAGGAUACUGAGCGUGGCGAGAGCGAGCCACGCCCUACCAGAUGUCCUUGUGGUCAAUGACGUCACUUCCUUGCUGCAGCCGACAGAGCCGAUUCUCAUACAGUUUGAGAAGAGGGAGAGAUCUGUUUAGGUUACAAGAAGACAAUAAAUGAAAGAGGACUUGAUACUUUCUUAGUUAACUAAACGACUGAAGUUUGAUGAAAUAAUAUUGCUUCUAUCUGACAAGGGCAUAUCUGGUGCUGUAUGCGUUGAGAGCGACAUUAAACAAGACUCAGAAAAUUUGGAGAUUAUCUUUCAAAAAAUAAUCAAAAUUUGGUAGCCAAUGUUGUCCUUUUUAUUUCAUCAGCAUAAUAUUUGCGAUAUUCUGGAUACACAGUCUAUCACGCACUCAAAGAACACACACAUAUCGUACCACGUUUAUAGCGAAUAGAUUUUUUCGGUCGUUAA